AUGUCGUCCCGCCUCGCAAGGGACCGUAAAGAAAAGGGUGAAAGAAAGAGAGAUGAAGCUCAGGGAAAAGAAGAGCAGCGCCGCCAUGACUAUGUCAAGUUCAUGGCCGAGGGGUUAAAGACGGCGUUCGAUUUGGAUCGCCGCUCCGAAUCUCCGCGGGAGCGACAAGCUCCCCCCGCGAGCGAUCCCCCCCCCGCCGCCGCCGUGAAGAAGACUCCCGCCGCGCCCCCCCCUACCAUCAACAGGCUCCCGGUCGAGAUCACUCCCGGGUUGCGACCUCCCGCCCGCCCCGUCGACAAGAACCCCGGGGCUACCAACAAUGGUCCGGUGGACAAUCUUCCCGGACCUCCGGCCGACAUGAUUCCCGCGCGGCCGACUUGA